AUGAUUAUCUUGCUUUUAUUGAAUUUUAAAGCAAAUACUUUGUUACAACUUGCAGAGUUCUAGAGGAGGUUCAACAAUUCAUUCGGUUUUGAUUGAAACUUUUACAUACGAAAUGAAGACUUUGAUUUUCCUUUUAGGCUUGAUGAUUGGAGGUUCUUUCGCUUUUUUUUGUGAUGAUAUAGACUGUGACGGUACGUCACUGAAUGAACUGGCUCUGUUGAAUUACAGACCGAAUGCAACCGAGCUGAUACGUUUAUGCCCACCAACAUUGGAAUACUUCAGAUGUUAUUUCAAAGGUGUCAACGAUUGCCUUGGAAUCGAUGUUGAACAAUUAGUAGCAACAGGUGAUGAAUUUUCGAAAGCCAUUGCAACACCUAUCUUGAAUGGGAGAAAUCUUGCAGUUGAAAUGUGCGAUGAGCAUUCAACUUUGCGUAGAGAUUAUCUUGCCAACUUGGAUUGCUAUAAGGGUUUAAUCGCUGAUGCUACUUCUACUUGUGGAGGAAAGGCCGAUUCGGACGCUGAGGCAUUUUUAAGAAAAUAUCAUAAUCUACCAGAAAACGAAAGAGUUGACUGGGGGGAACAAGCUUGUUUGUCAAUAUUACAUGGAUUGGCUUGCAUUGCGGAAAAAGUUGAAAAUUCUUGCGGAGAAACGGCAAGAAAAACAUUUCUGAUUAUUGUCGAAAAAGUCAAGUUUUCCAUUGUCUCAGAAUGUAAUGUAGAAGAUACCCGGAGUUUUAAGCGAUCCUUUUUAGAGUUUUUGAAAUUGGAAGGCAAAAGGGCUGAGCUUUACGAGUUUGUAUUUGAAAGAUUCUCAAGACGCUAAGGCAAUCAUUCUUCACACUUAUCAAAGAGAAAAUGUGCUGAAAGGGAUUAAAAAUAAUUUUGAAAUACUUCAAUAAUGCUUGACUUUUUUUUUUUUUUUUUGUAAUUUUCUUUCGUAAUAAAGUGAAUUUAUUUCUGUU